AUGGAUCAUGUUAACUACACCUGGACCCGGACCUUCAUCCUUGCUGGUUUCACUACCUCGGGCAUUCUGCAACAUCUUGCAGUCUUUGGGACCCUGUGCAUCUAUCUCCUCACAAUUGCAGGGAAUAUCUUCAUCAUUGUCUUGGUUCAGGCAGAUUCGGGGCUGUCCACUCCCAUGUACUUCUUUAUCAGUGUCCUCUCCUUCCUGGAAAUUUGGUACGUCAGCACCUCAGUAGCCACCUUGCUUCAUACCCUGCUCCAUGGGCAUUCACCCAUCCCAUCGGCUGCGUGCUUCAUCCAGCUGUAUGUCUUCCACUCCUUGGGCAUGACUGAGUGCUACCUGUUAAGUGUCAUGGCUCUGGACCGGUACCUUGCUAUCUGUCGCCCGCUGCACUACCAUGCACUCAUGAGCAGACAGGUAAAGAUACAGCUAGUUGUGAUUACAUGGGUGGCUGGCUUUUCAGCUGCCCUGGUGCCUGCAGGUCUCACUGCCAGUUUACCCUACUGUUUGAAAGAGGUAGCCCACUAUCUUUGUGACCUGGAACCUGUAAUUCGGUUGGCAUGUGUGGACACUAGCUGGCAUGCUCGGGUUUAUAUUACAGUAAUUGGUAUUAUCAUUACAUGCAAUCUCGUUUCCAUCCUGGGACUCUAUGGAGGUAUUGUGAAAGCUGUGUUAGGGCUGCCUUCAGCUGCCAGUCGUGCCAAAGCUUUCUCCACAUGUUCCUCCCAUAUCACUGUAGUGACACUGUUCUAUGGCUCUGCCUUCAUUGUCUAUGUAGGGCCACCAGAGAUUCGGGCUGAGGGCAGAGACAAGCUUAUUGCUUUGGUAUAUACCUUGUUCACCCCUUUCUUCAACCCUAUCAUUUAUACUCUUCGCAAUAAGGAAGUGAAAGUGGCUUUCAAGAGGGUCACACAGAGGAUUAAGGGUGUGCUGGGUUGACUGUGAAGUCCUCUAGGUUUAUAAGUCACCAUUUGAGAAUCGCAAGAUUUAGCUGGAUACUUAUCUAAGUCUUUAAGUAAUUGUUCCAAUAAUAUGUGAAAUUUUCAAUUCAAGCAGUUUUCAAUUAAGACAAAUCAAAAAUAAUAGAGGAGAAAUAUUGUCCUUGAACAUACCAAUGUGGGAGAGGAUGAGGACACAUUUGAAGAGGAACUGAAAAAUGAAGUUUCCCUUUUCCAGGCAGACAGAACUUAGCAAAUGAGUUGUGUUAGUUUCUAGAAUCUGUGCUAGCUACAGGUUUGCAUUUCAGAUUGGAUUUUUGGAGAAAGAUCCAGAAGCUCUUGAAUUUAGUUCAAGCUGUGGGAAGAGAACAUUUGGCAAAUGUUGUGAUGGAGACCAG